AUGAACCGGCAAUAGAACUGUGAAAAGGAUCGACAUCGCCAGGAGCCGCACACUUCCAAUUGCCCAAACUAAUCUCCUAGCCCACCAAAACUGUUUGUUAUUUUUGAGCUAUCUUUGGAGCACAGUGCUAUGGUAAAGGCGUCCAUUUCCAAACAAUGGCAGCCCGCGGUCUGGCAGUCGCCUCCUUUCUGCGCCUUUGCCGGAACACUGGCACUGUGCACCGCGCCUCCUCAGCGUCCGCAGGAACAACAAUAAUAUUGUUGUUGAUCGCAGGUAGAAAGGAAUGGAGGGGUUGCCAAUGGCAUUCGUCCAUUUUUAUGCAAGCUAAUAGAUGGGGAUAUAAGCGGUAUAACCGCCCCUGCGUUCGCUGCGAACGGCACCAGCACACGCGGCUCCUGCUCACCUCCCCAAGCAAGCUAAAUCGAAGCUUCGGAUCACCCACAGAACCAGAUUAGCGCAGACCACCAACAGAGUGUGAGAAAAGAGGUGGCCUGGCAGGACCACAGCCGAGAUCCGGAAAGCAAAGGCGCCAGUGUUUGUUGGGCA